GACAACUGCUCAGACGAAUUGGCGGUCGUGAUUGGCCUAUUCAACCAACCUUUCUCGAUGUUGUUUGCAACAGCUUCAGCCUCUAGCCAUGGCAUCUUGCGCUAUCAGUUUCCCGAAUGCCGCAGAACACCGGUAGGAAGGAAGUUCCAACCGUAUUCAGUAUCAUCGUGAGUACGUCUUGUUCAGGAGAUCACUUUAGAAGCUCCAUAUUCGUGCAUGCCAGUGUCUUGCUCGCAUAUAUAAGAUGAGGAGCUCGUGCCUGGUCCGCCAGAUGAUUCCAGCAUGCCAGUCUUCUUUUUCCACCCACCUUGUUGAUUCACCUGCAUUCAUACCCCUCCAAAAGCGCCUAAGCAAACCUUUCGGUCUAUCCACGAAUCACAUACACAAAAAUGGUCCAGAAACUCAGAAUCGCGGCGUCUGGCCUCGGCCGUAUGGGCAAGCGUCAUGCCAUCAACUUCCUGCACCGCACUCCCCGCGCGCAGCUUGUUGCUGCCUUCACCCCGGAUGAGAAUGAGCUUGUUUGGGCACGACAGGAGUUGGAGCCUCACGGAGUCACUCUCUACACCGACUACGAUGAGAUGCUCACUCACGAGGGCCUCCAAGCCGUCGUCAUUGCCACCGUUACCAAGGUGCAUGCCGAUCAAGCUAUCAAGGCAAUCAACAAGGAUCUUCAUGUCCUUUGCGAGAAGCCCAUCUCUCUCGACCUCGCCAAGGUCGUCACUGCUGCGCAGCACAAGCCUCAUCUCAAGGUCAUGUGCGGCUUCUCCCGCCGUUUCGACUCAUCAUAUAGAGACGCCUUUGAGAAGAUUGAGACGGGCUUGAUCGGCAGACCUUCCGUUAUCAGAUCUCAAACAUGUGACAAGCAUGAUCCCAGUGGCUUCUUUGUCAAGUAUGCAGCCCUGAACGGUGGCUGUUUUGUUGACAUGAGUGUCCACGAUAUUGACCUGUCACUGUGGUUCUUUGGCGAGGACUCCCAAGUCAAGUCGGUUUCAGCAUCUGGCAUCACAGCUGUUUCUCCCGAGCUCAAGGAGCACGGCGACUGCGACAAUGCCGUCGGCAUCGUUGAGUUCUGGGGCGGCAAGAUCGCCUACUUCUACAACUCGCGUAUGAUGGCGCACGGACAAGAGGAUACCACAGAGCUCAUUGGCACCGGCGGCAAGCUCACAGUCAAUGGCAACCCCCAAGCCAACUUUGUAAAUUACUACGGACCCCAGGGUAUCACAAGGGAGGUUCCCGCCCACUACUACGGUCGGUUCGAGUAUGCCUUUGUCCAGGAGGCUAACGAAUUCACCGCCGCUGCACUGGACAACACCAAGUUGCCUCUCAAGUUGACCAACGCUGUCAAGGCUGUCCAGAUUGGGUCUUACCUGCAAGAGGCACUGGAGUCAGGCAAGAAGUUGUACUUUGACGAGAUUGGCCGGCGCCUUGACAAGCAGGCAAAGUUGUAG